AUGCAUACUUACAAACACCAGCGGCUGGAUGACGCUCGGUCCCAGAUCCGGCUCCUCAAGCUGCAUCCUGGUACCGGGAAACUCAGCGGUGAGCUCUUCGCGGUCCGGUUAGAGGGCUCCGCUUAUCCUCAGUAUGAACCCAUCUCAUACUGUUGGGGCUCCCAGAAAAACCAGCAAGUUAUCUUGUUAGAUGGCUUGACAUUUUUCAUCGGGCGCAACCUCUAUACGGCGUUGAAACGACUACGCUAUACGGAUUCUGCUCGGGUUCUUUGGUGUGACGUGCUUUGCAUUGAUCAAAGCAACACUGCAGAGAAGAGCGUGCAAAUACCAUUGAUGCGUCACAUCUUCCAGAAAGGGAGCCGUACGGUAAUAUGGCUGGGAGAUCACGAUCGACGAACAAAGGGGAUUUUCCGAAUGUUUGAAACUUUGGAAAGAUGCUACAUGGAGGAUGAUGAGGCACGAAUACCUCCAGAGAAAUGGAGAAGAAUAAAGAAUCAAGACCAUCUCGAUAUCCCGCGAUGGGUUCGGCCCUUGGUCUCCAUGGUCGGAUUUAUUAAUGAUGUCCAAGGCGAAAACGAUUUAAUCAGUCUUCAGAAAAAGGAUUGGAUGCAUCGAGUCUGGGUCAUACAAGAAGCAGCAGUCUCACAGGAGAUUACUGUCAUGUGUGGGAAAUACGCUACCAACUGGGAAACAAUCUUCCGAGCCCAUUCAAUUUCAGACGGGGCAUGGGGAAUGAAUUUCACAAAUAUCAUUUCUCAUAGACAGGCAUUUCAAGAGGCUGACCACCAGUCAUUUGGCAGUCUCGUAUCAGAUGCCAUGGGUGCCCGAGCAACAGAUGAGAGGGAUUAUAUUUAUGGGAUCUUGGGACUUUUAGACCCAGACUCUGUUUUCUUAAAGGAGAUUGAGCCGGACUAUUCGGCAAACCCUCUGAUAUUCUUUCACAAAGUGACAAAGAUCGCGCUGGAAAACACACAGGACGCAAAUAUUAUUCUCUUGGGCAACAAGAAUUUGUCAAAUAAAAUCCCCAGCUGGUCGUGGUACCCUUACUCCGAGCACGAUAAGCGUUAUGCAGGUUGGGAGAUCCGGGAAAAGGAAGACCUGCGAGCGACGAUGGACUCAACGUCCAAACUUGCGUUCCUCGAGCAUGAUAGGGUAUUGCAGCUGGCAGGAUACUCGUUUGGGACCGUUACCAGAGCGGGUCCAGCAAUUCCACCAGAAGAUGAACCAUUUGGGGCCAAGCAGCUCUGCUUCAUAUAUAAAUCGGUCCUGACCUAUUUCCAUUCAAGGUCAAUUGCCGGAGCGGACAUUGAACGUCCAUACGUGAAUACCAGCAUGACAACUACAGAGGCUUUUUACCGCUCUAUGCUGAUGAGGGACACCAAUGAGGAGAACGACGCUGACCUGGAUGAUAAACUAAGAAUGGUGAAAGAUCUGGAUGAGCUCCUUCGCAAAAAGUUUUCUCUCUUGGCCGAGAAGCCCGGGCUUUUGUCAGGACCUCUCGCAGCCCUUUAUGUCUGGCCACGGGUUCUAGAGCUCACGCUGCGGUUCGUGUUCGAGAGCAGUCAAACAGAAUGCUUGAAAAUAGUAAGGGAAUAUGUUCAUUUCCACGGAUAUCGAGCAAUAUCUACCUCGGAAGGGUAUAUCGGAUUUGCCACCGGCUCAAUACAUCCUCAGGAUAAGAUAUUUUUGCUCCGAGGGGUACACACACCGGUCGUGCUGAGGCGUGCCAAUGCAAAUUGGAGGAUUAUUGGAGAAAUAUGGAUCCCUGGAGCAAUGUUUGGCGAAUUGUGGGAUGAGAGCAAAUGUUAUGAUGUUAUGAUAGAGUGA